GAGGGAGGGAACAGGAGGUGGGGGGGCUGCCUCCCCUUUCCUUAGCAUCCCUCCCACUCAGGGCCACUGGGAGGGCCCUCCCUCGGCAGGAAAGUUCACAAGUCUUGGGAAGCUUUGCUGUGGGCCGGGAGAGGAUCUCGCCUUCAUUUCCUAGGAGGGCCACGGGGGCAUUUUACCUGCGUUAAGAAUUAUUGACAGCCAGAUGAUUUGACACCAGAACUGAGGACGAUCUUCUGGAAUUGUUCAUCAACAAGGGGACAUCCAAGCCGUGACAUAUGCCAGUGCCACCGCCCCCGCCUCCGCCUUUGCCCCCACCACCACCCCCCACCGGGGUGCCUCCGCCCCCUCCGCCUUUGGCACCUCCGCCAAGCGCAGACGCCCCCAAACUGAAGAAGGACGCACCCCAAGGUCGGAGCGCACUGUUGGCAGAUAUUCAGCAAGGGACUCGCUUAAGGAAAGUCACUCAGAUCAAUGACCGAAGCGCCCCUCAGAUCGAAACUUCGAAAGGAGCCAAUAAAGAAAGUGGAGGUGCUCCUGGGAAUUCCCGAGAGGGCAACCCACCCGCCCUGGGAGGCUUGUUUGCAGGGGGCUUUCCUGUGCUGAGGCCAGCAGGCCAGAGGGACGGCUCAGGUGGGGGGUCCAGAGCUCCGUCCCCUCGGCUCCCCGCGAAGAGCAUCAGCGCCCCGCUGAACCCCCCUGCGUCUCCGAGACUGGGCCCCGCGUCGGAAGCCUCGGCCCCCCCCCGACCCGCCCCCCCCCCCCCGCCUCCGCCCCCCCCUCCCCUCCCUCCGCCCUCGGCUGUCUCUGCCGUCGGCAAGCCCCCCCUCGUCUCCCCCCCGGCUCUGAUGGUGCCGCCCCCGCCCCCCACCGCGGCCCCCCCACCCCCUCCCCCGACGCCCCCUCCUCCCCCGCCACCCGUGCAGGGCGAGAGGGGGGCUAAGCCCGCGCCCGGGCCGUUGCACCUGCCCCCUCCUCCGCCCCCUCUGCCCCUCCUUCCCCCCUGUGGCUUUCCUGGGCCAGUUUCGGAGGCUUCUGCUCCCAGCCCUCCUCCGCCGCCGGACCUUCGGGACCCCCCGCCUCCCCCCCCUCUCUAUUCCUGCCCUUCGCCCAGGUCAUCUUUGCCCCCGACGCCCCUGCCAGGCUCCAGUGGCGGCAGUGAUGCUGCCCCUCCACUUCCACGCAAGUCCCCUAAUGCCAGCCUCCAGUCCGUGCCCCUGCCACCCACCCCCCCAGCCUCCCAGUCCACCGUACUGGUGCAGAAGAAGCGGCCUGGCAGAGGAGCGGGGACUGGUGGCGGGAAGCUGAAUCCACCCCCAGUUCCCCCAGCAAGGUCCCCCACGACAGAGCUGUCCAGCAAAAGUCAGCAGGCCCUGGCCUGGGUGGGCACACCACAGCCUGGAGCCCCCUUGAGGAAUGGGAAUUUCCACAUCACAGAUGACUUUGAGUCCAAAUUUACUUUUCACUCCGUGGAAGACUUCCCUCCUCCUGAUGAAUACAAGCCAUGCCAGAAGACGUAUCCCAGCAAGGUCCCCAGAAGUCCAACUCCAGGUUCCUGGCUCCCAGCAGAAGUGACUGGCCGGGGCAAUGAGGACACCAAGGGUCGAAACUCUCAGUUACCACUGAAAACUCUACGGUAAGAAGACAGAUGAAGUAAAAGUCCCAUCAUCAUGCCCUGCUCUGUAUAGCAGGAUGCAGGAACUGUCCAAGAAUGCCAUCAGCAACCACACCAAACUCAAGUUUUUGUUUCUCAUCUGACGAGCUCAGCAGCAAGCCCUUAUUUAUUAUAGUUAGGUCGUUUGCACAGGCUUGGAAUCAGUGUUGUAGCUGUCUUUAUUUUAGUGAUUUGUUUUUCAAAUGUGCCCAGAUUGUGGCAGCCCAUUUGUCCCAGUUAGUACAAAGAGCCUGAUUAGUGGUAUUGGAGAGACUCCUCUCUCUGUUCAGUGUUCAUCCCAUGACUGUAAAUAGCCCCAUGGGCUGGCCCUUCCACGUCUUUAAAAAAAACAACCACCCAUUUUUUGAGUCAUCUUUAGAGAAGUUUUAGCUAGUCCCCCUGUUCAAGAGUACAUGGCGACUCGUCAAUGACGUGAUUUCAUAGUCUAAUUGCACCAGCUAGGUAAUGAAACCAAAAAAUGCCUUACGGAAUGGAGAACAAGCAGUGUACCCACACUACAGCACAUGGAUGUCACCAGUCAGCAUGGAAUGACCAGAAUGUCAUGGCUCUCUACCCUUUCUCCCCCUUUCCCUCAGAUUUUCAAUAUGUGAAUUUUGUUGCCUAAUGUAAAUACUACCCUUAAUAAAAAAAAAAA